GUCUGAUCAGUGAGAAAUUGUUAAAAUGUGGUUAGAUAUCAUUCACUAGUAGUUAAAAGUUUAAAAAAGAACAAAAAUGUUUUCAUUUCAUCGAAAUGGUUAUAAAUUAAUAAAAUUAGGAAUGGUAAUAAUGAACGAUACUAAAAAAAAUUCUGCUCAUAGUAAAUUACUUCACAGUAUACAGAUAAGGCAAAAGGAUGAUUUAUUAAAAUUGUGUUUUAAAAGAAAACAUUCUACUGCUACAAAUAUUGAUCCUGAAAAUGAAUUAAAUUUUGAUGAUAUUACAAAAGGAGAUAAAGAAGUUGAACACAAACUGAAAGUAAUCCUACUCGAGACAGAAGUUAUGAGACAAGAAGGAAAAUCGGUGCCUGAAAAAACAUUUUUUACAGCAGAGCACUGGAAGGAAUUGUUAAAUUUGUCAAGUAGGUCUGCCAGAAGGAAGUAUUUGGAAUAUUUAUUUAGAUUAUCAAAAACGAAAGAAAACAGAAAGAUAAAACGAUUUGAAAAAAAAUUAAAAAGGGAAGAAUUUAUUAAUUCAAAAGAAGUAGAAAAAAAUGAAUCUUUAGAAGAAUUUGCAUUAAAAUAUGAUCUGGCGCAUAAUAAUAUGUUUCUCAGAUUUUAUGAUUCCACUAUAAAUCAAAUGUACAAUAAUCGACUUUUUCAAGCUAUGAUGUUUGGCCAGAAAUUGGUGGUAGACUGCGGAUAUGAUAAAAAUAUGACUAAAAGAGAAAAUAUAAACUGUGCCAAACAACUUAUGCUACUGUUUGGAGAGAAUAGAAUACACGAAGAUCCUUUCGAUUUGCACUUCUGUAAUACAGAUCCAGGUGGAGAACUGAUAAAGUACCUGCAUAAACAUAUUCCAAAUAUGUACGAGCUCUCAUUUCCCCUGAAUUUACACGAAAGCAGUUACUUAGACUUAUUUCCGAAAGAUCAGUUGGUAUAUCUGACGCCGCACUGUCGACAAGAAAUGACAGAAUUCGAUUUUGAUGCCAUUUACAUUAUAGGAGCUAUAGUGGACAAGAUAAACAUUGAACCCCUUUCGUUAGCCAAGGCAAAAAAAGAAGGACUGAAGAUGGCCAAGCUACCUCUGGACAGGUACCUGCAGUGGGGCGCCGGGUCUGGGAAAAGUCUAACGUUAAAUCAAGUAACGUCCAUAUUAAACGACAUUAAAUUAAAGAGGGAUUGGGAUUUUGCCCUGAGGCACGUUCCCAAAAGAAAGGUUGUAGACUACGGCACCGGCAGCAGCAUUAAUAAAACGGGUAGUCAAAAAUUUGGCACGUGUAGACCAGAAAGGAGGUGGAAACCUUCGUCUAAUGUCGACCUUAAUCAACAAAUUUUUACUAAAAAUAAGCAAUGAAAGAAUCCAGAGACAGAUUUGUAAAUUUUUUUUUUCCAGUCAAUUUUAUUGUGCACAAUGUGUUUUUUUUUUGCAGUAUUUGUUGAAGUACCUACUUAAAUUUGUAUAGAUUUAAGAUGGAAAUGUUAUAUUCUGUAAAUAGAAAAUUGAAGAAGAAAUUAUUGAA